CAACACCUGUCCUAGAAAAUGGUUAAAAAAUUUACAUGAUUUCGUACCUUGUUGACAUUGAAAACCUGGCAACGUUGUGAAGCAAACUCGUGAAGCAAGAGAAAAUAACAACAUCUUAGAAUUUCACAAUACUUGAUUAAUUUCUGACUAUGGGAUUAUUAUUAUUGAGAAAUCUGGAUUGCUAAUGGGCCAAGAGAUUAUUCCUGUUUUCCACAUUUGAUUUCAUUAAUGGGAAACAGUUAAGAAAUGGAUCAGGCAGAGAACAAAAUGGAGAAACUUGAAUUUGGAGAAUGGAAACUCGAACGCCUCCUGGGGUCUGGUGCUUUUGGUAAAGUACUCUUGAUGAUAAAUAGACUUACAGGAGAAAAAAUUGCCGUCAAAAAGAUCCAUCGAGAUUCUCCCUUUGUCGCCGAUAACAACUGGGACAAAGAACUGGACAUUCUCCAUCAUUUAAAACAUCCAGGAAUAGUUGCUUCUCUACCAGUUCCUCCAGAUCUUAGAUCUUUAAGUUGUGAUGCACCCAUUCUCUGUAUGGAAUACUGCAAUGGAGGGGAUCUUCGUCAAGUACUCAACAAACCAGCCAAUUGUUGUGGAAUUCCUGAAAAGGAUGUUGUAGACAUCUUACGUGAUAUUUCCAGUGCUGUUGUAUACCUUCAUUCAGUCAAGGUAGUACAUAGGGAUAUAAAACCAGAGAAUGUGGUCAUUCAACAGACGGAGGAAAAGAAAUUUUACAAACUGAUUGAUUUGGGCAUGGCAAAAAAUUUGAACAAACAAAGUCUAUGCCAUACAUUAGUCGGAACGUUGCAGUAUUUGGCUCCCGAGCUUUUUAGCUGCGAGAAGUACAACAAUACCGUUGAUUAUUGGAGUUUGGGAGUCGUCAUCCACGAGUGUAUUACAGGAGUUCGACCAUUUCUCCCUGGCCAGCCCCCUGUUGUUUGGAUGCAGCACGCGGAACGGAAAACGCACAGUGAUAUUUGCAUUUAUUCACACCCAAGCGGUGAAAUUGUUUUCUCCCAAAAGUUAUUCAAGGAAAAUCAUUUGAGCAGUGUCGUGCAAGCGCAAAUGGAAGAGUGGUUGAAAUUGAUGUUGGAGUGGAACCCUGCUAUGCGAGGUCGUCAUUGGGUACCUGAUGCUAGUCGUCCACCAGGACCUAUCGUGGCUUUCGGCUUAUUGGAAAAGGUUCUAACUACUGAGGUUGUAUCCAUUUUCUGGGUCGAGGGCCUUGCUCUGUUAUCCUACACCGUCAGCGACGACGUUACCAUGGAGACUUUUCACGAGUGGAUCGAACGGGACACCGGCAUCAGCCCCCGAUAUCAAUUGUUGGUUCUCCCAAGAGGAUAUGCGUCGGAUUCGGGGAAAAACGCUAGGCAAUUUUUCGGCAGUGAGGAGCUCGGGAAUGUUUGCCUAUUCUCCAAGUUUAACGACGGAUCGGAAUGCAAGUUGACGCAAGUAUAUCCGGAAUUCCUGGAGACUAUGCUAGCGAAUCCAAGAGAGGAAUUCGAGUACCGAAUUCAGAAACGAAUGUGGGCCCAGUCUGUCUUCUUUAUCAAUCAUCAGGCGACACUUUACCGAAAGCUGAAUCACGCUCUGAAAAUUCAUUCAACGUACAUGACGGUGAGAGCGUCACUGUUGAAACAACAAACUGAUUUUAUCAAUGGGGCCCUUCGUCACGCCGUUUCACGUCACGAUCUUUUCACCAGCAGCUUGAAACAAGACCAGUAUAAUUACAAGUUGCAAGCUCAAAGAGGAGGACUGCGUAAUGAUUUAUAUCGAUCCAGAAACCACUUAUUAGUUUUUAUUUUAACUUUGUUGAUUUUUAUUGCUUCAACAGCCUCUUGUACUUUGCUUGAAAAGUGGAACAAAGAAGAAGUUACUUUAAGCAACAAGUUGGCUGAAUUGCAAUCGAGAUGCACCACGUUGGAACAAGUGGUUCAGCGCACGGUAUCUGGCGUAGCCGAAGCUGCUAAAUUGGCUGGGGUUUUCCUAGCCAAACCCUCCGUCGCCUUGGAUAACUGUAGCCAAUUAGCUCUUGAACUUUAUAGUGACCUCCAGAAGCGUUCGGCAGAGCAGAAACAGCAAAUGGAGAAUAACGUGGCCAUGACUAAAGUCGUGGUAAAGGCAUUUAAAAACCGUAGCCAACUCUUCACCGAUUGUUUCACUCAAAUCAGAGUGGUGGAGAAGGCUUCGGCCGACGUGGACAGCUUUUUACCGCAGCUAAUUGUUCUGAAGAAUGAAAUAGAUCAGUUUCAGGAUCAAAUUUUCGUGUUUCAAACCUCACGGCAGAACGAUGUUUGGACCCUGCUCGAACGCGCUGUUACGCUGUGGCAGCGCACGUCCAUGAUAAAUCAACCGCAUGCCGCUAGCGAGCCCAGCCUUCUCAAUAUCCCAAGCUUAAGUCUGAGAGAGGAUGAAGCUCGUGAAUCAAUGGUCGUCAUUCAAGAAAACCAAAGUUUGCGCUACCAAAUUCAGGACACACUCAGCCGAGGAUUGAGCGCAACUUGUAACACGACACCGCAUAGAAUUGAUUGGAAUUUUUUGAAUGACUAGCACAGCGUAAUUGCUGUAUUUUUCAUAUUGUUAUUUGAUUUCAUUUUACAGACUCUAGUUGUUACUUCUUUGCAAUAACUGUAGGUGCCUUUUUGUGUGUGUUGGCAACCAAAGGAUGUUGGGUUUGUUCUGAUAUAAACUUCUUGUUUUAUCUUC